GUGGCGUUGUUGUGUCAACGUGACUGUCAUCAUCACAGCGCUACCUACUACACUAGACAACAAUGUACAUUCUCGCUCCGCAGGCCAAGCCGAAGCCCUGCCUAUGCUAAACACACAAACAAGGCCGAUACAGCGCUGGCCCGUCGACAUCUCUACCGAAAUCAACCCCGCCAGUCUGCAGACAGCGAGAGAGUAAGCUAGUGGCUAACCAACUAGCCUAUUUUUCAGUUCCAGGUACGAGUGAGCAGCAGCAGCAGGAGCUCCAGGUAACCAUCGGGGAGAGGUGCUUGACAAAGGCGGGGAAGGUGGCUCUCUCGGCAGGAUGAAUCGCUUCCGAAAGUGGCUUUACAAGCCAAAGCGUACGGAUCCUCAGCUCCUGGCCCAGUUCUACUAUGCUGACGAGGAGCUGAACCAGGUUGCCAUGGAGCUAGACGGACUCGACGGCCGCAAAGACCCUCAUCGCUGCACACUACUGGUCAACCAGUUCCGCUCCUGCCAGGAUAACGUGCUGAGUAUUAUAAACAGCAUCAUGGAGGAGUGUAUUCCUGGUGAUCGGGCCAAUCGAGAUUUCUGUGUGAAGUUUCCUGAAGAGAUUCGUCAUGAUAAUCUGGCAGGACAGCUGUGGUUCGGCGCGGAGUGUCUGGCUGCAGGUUCAAUCAUCAUGAAUCGUGAGAUUGAGAGCAUGGCGAUGCGCCCGCUGGCUAAGGAUCUGACACGCAGUCUGGAGGAAGUGAGGUCACUAACGCGUGACCAGGCGCUACGAGACCUCAACGCUUACACGCAGCGCAUGAGGGACGCGCUACGGCACUUUGAUAACCUCUUCGCAGAGUUUGAACUCUGCUAUGUGUCUGCAAUGGUUCCUGUAAAGUCUCCUAGGGAGUACUACACACAGCAAGAGGUCAUCGUGCUCUUCUGCGAGACCGUGGAGAGGGCGUUAAAGCUGGGCUACUUGACUCAGGACAUGAUUGACGACUACGAACCAGCGUUGAUGUUCACCAUCCCUAGGCUGGCUAUAGUGUGUGGUCUGGUGGUGUAUUCGGAGGGUCCUCUGAAUUUGGAUCGGAAGCCGGAAGACACGUCAGAACUCUUCAGACCCUUUAGAACACUCCUCAAGAAGAUCAGGGAUCUGCUUGUGACUCUGAGUGAAGAGGAGCUUCACGUGCUGGAGCGAAGUCUCUGCAUCUCCUCUGAGGGAGACCUGCCUUCCACCAAUGAGAACCUUCCCUCGGCCCCAGAGCCUGCCCCCGUGGAGGAGGAUGGCCAAUGGGAGUCAGGCACAGAGGAGGAGGAGGGCCAAUGGGAGGCCCAGGAGGAGGAGCAGGAAGAGGCGUGGCCUAAGCAGGAAGGGGAGGAUCUCGCCUGCUCCAUGCAGGACGACGCGGCAGAGCUGGAGCAGCUGAGCAUGCUGGUCCAUCGCCUAGGCAACCACAUGACAUCACUACUGAGCCCCGCCCACUCGGCCACGGCCCCUCCUCACUCCUCGCCAAACCACACGCCGGGACCGGGUCACAUGAUAUCCUCGCCUAACCAUGCGCUGGGCCUCUGCAGAGAGGCGGACUCCACGCUAGGGCCCUACUCCUCGCCCAAUCACACGCGAGUCUUCUUCCUGGAGGACCUGGAGGGGGGAGGGGUUAGCAGCGCUGGCAAUCCACCAAUCACCAACGAGGACGAGCUGCGCGUCGGGCCAGCCCCCCGGCCCUCGCCAAAUCACACGCCGGGACCAGGUCACAUGACCUCCUCCUCCUCCCUCUCCCUCUGCAGCUCUGAUUGGCCCCGGUCCAGCGGUCAGGGGGCGUGUCCUGCUGAUGUCAUCGCCCAGCGCACAGGCGGCAUGCGUCUGUCAGCCACUGUCAUCUUCAACCCGGGGAGCCAAUCAGAUCGCUCGUUUGCCGGGGUGGGCGGCGGCCUGCUGCACUCCUGCGUCUGCUGCACCGGUUGCCACGACGACAGUGUGGCCAGCUUGGAGACAGCGGCCGUGGCAACGCUGGGCUUGUCGCUAGGGGCGACGGACAACAAGCCAAUCACGGACAAGGUCCAGCUGACCCCUCCCUCCCCGCGCUGCCUCACGGAACACACACACACAGACCCUGAACACACACCGCACACACACGCACCGCACACACACACGCCGCACACAAACCCCGGCCCUCAACACACAGCACACACCAGUGAAGAGGAGAGGGCCCACACACACAACAGGGAGAACACACACACAGUCGCGCACACACCUGCAGUCUUGGCCAGUGGUGGGCGGGGCCUCUCUGAGGCAUCAGCUUCUACUUCCAGGUCAGAGGUCACCAGAGAAGACAAGGAGGAGAAGGAGACAGGAGAGAAGAGAAGAGGAGGUGGAGAGGAAGAGGAGAAGGAGAAGUCACCUGCUCAGCACAGCAACAGCCCCAGCAGUAGCAGCUGUGAUGUUGUGGAGCAUCAUGGGAAAAAGAAGACACAGGAGAAGAAGAAGGAGGAGAAGAAGAAGAAGGAGGAGGAGGAGACGCCAGUGUGUGGGGAGCAGGAAGAGACGCGCGUGUGUGUGAAGGAGGGAGAAGAGAGUGUGUGUGAGACAGAGGAGAGUGUGUGUGAGAACAACGGUGUGUGUGAUAAGCAAGAGGGUGUGUGUGAGAAGGAUGGGAGUGUGUGUGAGGAGUCCAAGAGUGUGGCGCGCCACAAGAUCCGCUCCCGAUUCCACAGCAGCAGCGACCUCACACACCGCCUAUUCGUUUGCAUCUCAGGCGUAGCUGAUCAGCUCCAGACCAACUAUGCAAGUGACCUGCGCAGCAUCCUGAAAACCCUGUUUGAAGUCAUGGCCACCAAGACAGACACCGGGGACAACGACAAGAGCCGCAAAGGUGUUUUAGACGACUGUGUGUUGUGUCAGGAGACUGUGUCUGCAGCUGAACUUGCCGCCAAAGCUCACGAAGGACAAGUGGAAGAUCCACCCGACUGGGUUCCUGACGAGGUGUGCAGCAUGUGUGUGUCGUGCAAAGCUCCGUUCACCGUCAUCCGGAGAAAACACCACUGCAGAAGCUGUGGGAAGAUCUUUUGUUCUCGUUGCUCCUCCCACUCUGCCCCGUUGCCAAGAUACGGACAGAUGAGGCCCGUUAGAGUUUGCACACACUGCUACAUGUUUCACGUCACACCCUUUUACAGCGUAUAACACACACACACACACACACACACACACACACACACACACACACACACACACACACACACACACACACACACACACACACACACACACACACACAGCUACAUGCUCCACGUUACACCCUUCUGUAACACACACACACACAGGCGAACACGCAAACACACACCUUGCUUACAUGUUUCAUGUCAUGCCUUUUUAUAGCGUAUAACACACACACACACACACACACGGCUACACUUUCUAUGUGA